AUGUCGAGACCUGUUGUGAACGCGGCGGCACAGGGGGCACGGGCUUUUUCGUCCACUGCUGGCCAGUUGCGGCCAAUAACCUGGGACUUUAAGGGCACCACUAAGGAAAAGGCCGACUGGGUGAGGCAUCAGGCAGAAGAUGCGCUUGAUCUCCAUAAAGGACUGGAAGGUGUGACAAGGGGAGAAAUCAACGGUGAUCCUCACCCGACCAGGAAGAGGGAUGGCACCGUCGACCCGCUGCAUGGGAGCGUGGUGUUUUUGAAGCUGAAUAAACCUGUGACAUCGGCGCAUGUGUAUACUGAUGGAACGGUCGUAUUCUCCAAAUCAACCAAGUUCGCGCCGGUGACCGUGACAAAGAGAUACCGGGCAUGA